AUGGUGGGAGUCCUUAACAUCCCCAAACUCCCGCUUUUCUCUCCACUUUCCCUGCGCAAACGAUCAAGACCCUUCAUUUCCAUUAAAGCCUCUUCGGAAUCUGAAUCUUCAGAUUCCGAAGCCGGUCCUGCUUCUACAAGCACCAAGGAAGAGCAAAAACCAAGCUUUGCUUUUUCUUCAACAGCAACAACAUUUGCUCCUCCUCCAAACUUCAAGCCACCAGAGCCGAAGCGGUUUACAGUUAGACCAGAUAAGACUUGGGAUAUCCUUGGGGCAUCUCUUGCCUUGUUCUUCCGGUUGGGAACUGGUGUUUUUGUUUCUGGCUAUUCCGCAUCGUUUGUUUCUGAGAAUGAAAUUCCACCUGGCCAAUAUUGUUUAGAAGUAGGAGGCUCUAAGGUGAAGGAGACCUCAAAGAUAGGCCCUCGUCCAGAGAAGCCUAUUGAGAUAUAUGAGUUUGAAGGUUGUCCAUUUUGUCGAAAGGUUAGGGAAAUUGUUUCAGUUUUGGAUCUUGAUGUUCUGUUUUAUCCUUGCCCCAAAAAUGGUCCAAAUUUUCGUCCCAAGGUCGCUAAGAUGGGUGGAAAGCAGCAGUUCCCCUACAUGGUGGAUCCAAAUACAGGAGUUGCUAUGUAUGAAUCAGAUGAAAUAAUGAAGUAUCUGGUUGGAAAAUAUGGUGAUGGAAGGGUUCCAUUCAUGCUAUCACUUGGUCUACUGACGACACUGGCUGCAGGAUUUGCCAUGAUUGGUCGCAUGGGAAAGGGAUCUUCCUACAAUCCAUCAAAAUUGCCUCCCAAGCCACUUGAGAUAUGGUCAUAUGAGGGUUCUCCAUUCUGUAAGAUUGUGCGAGAAGUGCUUGUGGAAUUAGAGUUACCACACUUUCAACGCAGUUGUGCUCGCGGCAGCCCAAAAAGACAGAUCCUCUAUGAGAAAGCUGGACAUUUUCAGGCGCCAUACUUAGAAGAUCCAAAUACAGGAGUGCAAAUGUUUGAAAGUGCAGAAAUAGCGGAGUACUUGAGAGCUACUUAUGCUCAAUAAUUAAUCAAAGCUUUCUUAGGGAGAUUCUUCUUCUCAUCUUGUGUUAUGCAUAUUCCCAACUUUUUUUCACUUUAAUAUUCCACCACUUUGUAUAUUGAAUCACUCCAGCAGAGCUAGCUCAAGUGGUAAGGGUGGGUGGAAUUUGGCUAGGGUUCUUAGGUUCAAGCUGUGUUACUCCCUCUUAUAUUUGACAAAAGAAAAAGAGUUAGCUAGGUUCCUAUAUUUUUUAUUUGUGUUCUUUGUAAUGAAAAACAGCUUCAAUA